GUUUUGGAGCACCGAUGUGGGCCAAGCAGGGAUCUCAUGGUGUUUCAGAGCGGUUUCAGGGUCUCGGAAGUGAUAACUUCUGAUCUAGGGUUUUAGAAUUCGAGCGAAGGUUAGGAGUAAUGAGGGAGUAAUAUAGCCUGGGAGUACUUUUCCUUGUUAGGGUUAUGAUUGGUGUCGUCUUAGUAAACUGAUGUCCAAUGAAUAAAUUUCAAUUCAAUGUAGUAUAAUUCAAUUUCUCUGUUGUUCUUAGUUUUCGGUUCAAAUUUUAGUGUCUUUUAUUGUAAUUCUGGUCUUCUGAUUCUUCGUUUUCAUUUUUACACAUUUGGGGAAAAUCAUCAUUAUCAAGCUCUCCUGGGGUUUAUCGGAUUCAUUUGUACCGUACAGAGAAAUCUCCAAAUGGCUAUGUAUAUCCGUAUUAAGCGUGAGAAGACAACCUACUUUCUGCAGUGCGAUCCAACUGAAACAAUUCUAGACAUUAAGCAGAAAUUGCAGACACUUAUUGAUCAACCGGUGAAUGAUCAACGUUUAAUCCUGGUGACAACAAAUGAAGUAUUGGAUGACUCAAAGACAUUGGCAGAUCAGAAGGUUGAAAAUGAUGCUGUAGUGGCCCUUACCUUGAAAAAAGAUGAUGAUGAUGAGUUUGAGGAUGUCAACAUUGUAAGGCCAGAUGAUUUCUACCAAUCCCGUGAGGCUGAAGGUGGUUCAAAUUGGUAAAUCAGAGUUUCAUCUGGAAUGGUGAUACCAUAACAGGGAUUUGUCAUAUCUGACUUUUGAUUGGAGAUCAUCAUCACAUGAUUGUGGGUGUAGAUCUGAUUCUGUUAUACCUUGUUUUUCUUCCACCCAUGAAAAUUUGUGACAGUUCAUACAUAAUGUUUGGAAAUACAACCCUCUUGUCAAAAUGUUGAUUUAGAGUUUUGCAAGUCUGAUGUUUUGCACCAAUAUCCCUUUUGAGUACCUUAUGGUUUAUCUGUCCUAGAAUGCUCUACAUGUCCUUUGUAUCUGAUCAAUAGUGCCAUCAGAAUUGUUGGGU